CGUUCGAUUUAACACCGGAAAUAGAUAGUUUCUUCAGAUACCAACGAAGAAGAAAAAGUAAACUGCAACAUGGCGACUCCCAUGCACAGGAUAAUAGCCAGGCGGCAAGCAGAGGCAAACAAACAACAUGUGCGUUGCCAGAAGUGUUUGGAGAUGGGACACUGGACCUACGAAUGCACGGGGAAGAGGAAAUAUGUGCACAGACCGUCAAGAACAGUUGAGAUGAAAAAGAAACUCAAGGAGAAUGAAAACAAACCCCUCAGCAUCACUGGAACAGGAAAUGAAGGCUCCAAUGAGAAGAAAAUGAAAAAGAAGGCUAAAGAUGGCAGCGACAGCAGCAGUGAUUCAGACGGCUCCUCAAGUGACUCAUCGUCCGACAGCAGCGACGACUCUAGCUCCUCUUCAGAUGACAGCGACAGCAGCAGUGACAGCGACGACGACAGCUCUUCCUCAUCUUCCUCCUCCUCUUCGUCCUCGGACAGCUCGGACUCAGGAAGCAGCAGCGAUUCGGAUCAAGGACCUCCAAAGAAGAAGAAAAAGAAGAAAUGAAUAAAUAUGUUGGAUUAAGUGGGCGUUCUUGUUGUUUGUUACCCUAAGUAGAUUUUAGCUAUCCACUGUUUUUUUUUUUUUUUUUCACCUAUAAUCCAUUGAUGGAUCUGAUUGGACAGGACACAUUUAGGAGAUGUAAUACUGCUCCUACAGUUUUAGCAAAAAUGGAAAUGAGAGAAAAGAGAGUAUUUUGGGUUGGUCAUUGUAUCAAGUUCUAUUUUGAAAACACAUUUCCCCUGUUACUUUAAUUAAUGCGAUAUUUUCUCAAGUUUGUAGGUCUACUAAGGAUAUGCAUUUUAAAUAUAUCUGAAGAAACUAAUGUGCUUAUUCAUGUUGAAUUUGUGAUUUUGUAUUAAAGUAUAUUUUUAGUCAGAGAGUCAGUAAGUGUGCUGCUCAAAACCUCAAUAACACAACACCAUAACUGGUAUUCAUAGUCUUUGAGGCCAAUGAAAGGAUGAGAAAUAAAAGUCUGUUAGUUUUUGAAUUAGUUUGGAAUUAGGGGUUCUGUUUGCUAUAAAAUUGCAGUUGCUUGUUUCACUGU